ACUCGGUGUCUGGACAGAGGCGCGGAGAAGCUACGCGGUGGCCGCAGCUGGCAGAGGGAACUUCUCCCGGCGACAGGGGGACUUAGGAGAUCGAAAGCAGACUGCGUGGAACUGAGAAGGAAGACUUUUCCCUGUGCAGCCAGAGCCGCAAAGGUGGAGCCCUGUUGGCGUUCGCCGCGGGACCAGCGCCUCGGAUGCGGGCGGAGUGCGGGGGGCCGCGGCGGCGGGAGCGCGAAGCCGAGGGCCUUGGGGGCUUUAUGUGAGAACCGCAGAACAAGCCACCGUCCCCGGAGCCCGGGGUGGUGUGUAGGAGAAGCCGUCCCUGGCUGCAGGAUGAAACGAGGAGAAAGAGAUAGUGACCAAAAUUCAUCAGAAGAAAGUACUGCAGAGAAAUCCAAGAAACUGAGGACUACAGAUGAGCAUUCUCAGACUUGUGAUUGGGGUAAUCUCCUUCAGGACAUUAUUCUUCAAGUAUUUAAAUACUUGCCUCUUCUUGAUCGGGCUCAUGCUUCACAAGUUUGCCGCAAUUGGAACCAAGUAUUUCACAUGCCUGACUUGUGGAGAUGUUUUGAGUUUGAACUGAAUCAGCCUGCUACAUCCUAUUUGAAAGCUACACAUCCAGAGCUCAUCAAACAGAUUAUUAAAAGACAUUCAAACCAUCUGCAAUAUGUCAGCUUCAAGGUGGAUAGCAGCAAAGAAUCAGCUGAAGCAGCUUGUGAUAUAUUAUCACAACUUGUAAAUUGCUCUUUAAAAACACUUGGACUAAUUUCAACUGCUCGGCCAAGCUUUAUGGAUUUACCAAAGUCUCACUUUAUCUCUGCGCUGACAGUUGUGUUUGUAAACUCAAAAUCCCUGUCCUCACUUAAGAUAGAUGAUACUCCAGUAGAUGAUCCAUCCCUCAAAGUACUGGUAGCCAACAACAGUGAUACCCUUAAGCUGCUAAAAAUGAGCAGCUGUCCUCAUGUCUCUCCAGCAGGUAUUCUUUGUGUGGCUGAUCAGUGUCAUGGCUUACGUGAACUGGCCUUGAACUACCACUUAUUAAGUGAUGAGUUGUUACUUGCUUUGUCUUCUGAAAAACAUGUUCGACUAGAACAUCUGCGCAUUGAUGUAGUCAGUGAGAAUCCUGGACAGACACACUUCCAUACUAUUCAGAAGAGCAGCUGGGAUGCUUUCAUCAGACAUUCACCUAAAGUGAACUUAGUGAUGUAUUUUUUUCUAUAUGAAGAGGAAUUUGACCCAUUCUUUCGUUAUGAAAUACCUGCCACUCAUCUUUACUUUGGGAGAUCAGUGAGCAAAGAUGUACUUGGCCGUGUGGGAAUGACUUGUCCAAGACUAGUUGAACUAGUAGUAUGUGCUAAUGGAUUACGGCCACUUGAUGAAGAGUUAAUUCGCAUUGCAGAACGUUGCAAAAAUUUGUCAGCUAUUGGACUAGGGGAAUGUGAAGUCUCAUGCAGUGCCUUUGUUGAAUUUGUGAAGAUGUGUGGUGGCCGCCUGUCUCAGUUAUCUAUCAUGGAAGAAGUACUAAUUCCUGACCAAAAGUACAGUUUGGAGCAGAUUCACUGGGAAGUGUCCAAGCAUCUUGGUAGGGUGUGGUUUCCAGAUAUGAUGCCCACCUGGUAA